CCCCUUUAUAUACACUGCUUUUAGUCGACAAGUGUUAAUUUGACACACGCUUGAGUUUAUAUUUGAUAGUAAGAGGAACAGAGGGCUUGUAACUUGAGAAGGACAGAAAGCAGGAGAGUUCAUUCUUUACACUGAAGGAAGGAUGGAGACACAGAAUAACUGAUGGACUGAAUUAAACCAAAAUAGAGAUAGAACGAUUGUUUUUGCUUGUUGUGUUUGGCUUUACUGGUAAAAGAAGGAGAAGUUAAUUCAAGCACUCUGGUCAUCAUGCUUGGCGAGGCAUUCCUCCAUGUCCUGAAAUACACAGAGGAAAACCCUGAACACGCAAUCCUCUCCAAGAGGAACACACUGUUGCACACACUCUCACGCACCGUCCCUCCACCGGAAACUGCAGCGACUCGCCUGAGCUCCAGAUCGCCCCGGGCACCUCGGCCACUGCGAGCCAAUCGUCCUGAAGGCCCUGAGAAGCCUGGGCCUCGCCUGACCUCACUGCCCAGUAUGGCUCUCCCAAUCCCCAGCAGCAGCGUUGAGGAUCUCUGGGGCCUGGAGGUCUACAGCUCUUUGUACUGCCCGAGCUUCUACAAAGCUUACCCAGACCUGCAGCUAGCAGGAGGCACUGUGGGUCCCCUGAACCCGACUCCACAAUCCCAAGGUCCUCUGCUGAACUCUGAGGAUCUCGGCUCCCUGGAGGCCUCGAUGGAGCCUGGGGAGCUGCAAGAGGACCACAGCGAGGCAGACGAGGGCUACCUGGUCAUAGACAGCAUGAGAAGCCUCGGGAAGGAGCAGAGGCUCACCAACUCCAUGCUGAAUGGCUUUCUGGAGACGCAGCUGAUGGAGGUCUAUCGGCAGCACAUGCAGGACAGCCUGGCGCGGUGUGACUCGUCCUCGAUAAGCGCUAGCGUGGUGCCGGGAAUCUGCGGCACGUGUGACAGGAACACGGCCGCUCAGGAGAACGAGCUGCACUCCAGCCAAAGCCGGAGCAGCGUCAGAUACUUGAGCACCUGUUCAGCCCCGCCCACUUCACACUUUAGCACACCUUUGCUGCGUAUUUCCUACCAACAAGAGCCUGAAUCCUGAACGCACACGCAUGUCCAUAUCGGUAGAAACUAGUCCUUUAAUUCUUUAUUUUUAUAAAAAGACAGUAGUAUCUCAGAGGUUUUGGAUCCAUGUAGUAAGUUUUACUUUUACUGUUAGUGUUAGGCUUUGAUUGUACAUCACUUAAGUCACUUAAUUAAUAAUUAUAUUAAUAAAUAUUAUUAAAUUCUAAUAAAUAUUUAAAAAAACAUAAAAAUCAUCAAUAUAAAUGUAAAGUAAAACGCAACAAGUGCAAGUAAACGCUUUCAUUUUCCCUCAUUUUCCAUAGCAGUUACUUCCUUUUUUUGAUUUCAUUAAUCGCUGUAUUGCUGACUGCUGAUUACUUUGAUUGCUUGUAAGUUUCCAAUUAAAUUACACUUUUACAGACAA